UCCUCCGCGGUCCUCCAGAGUACCUGCGAACGACUGCUGCCGACCGGGGCCAAUCAGAGGCCCGCAUGAGAGGGCGGGGCCGUAGUUUAAAUUAAUUGCGUUUUGCCAGUGCUGGCGCGGGCCCUCUGCGAGGUGCGACCCUGGGGAGCGCGCGGCCAGAGGCCAAUGUCUUUGAAGCCUGUGUCGGAAAUGCCAGUGAUUCAGCAGCCUGGUAGAUUUCUUCUGCCUUAUUGCAGUUAAGGACUGGUUUAUCUGGUGCGUUGGGGUGACUGACUGGGUUCACCAAGAUGACGCUCCAUGCCACUCGGGCAGCUGCACUUCUCUCUUGGGUGAACAGUCUGCACGUGGCUGACCCUGUGGAGGCCGUGCCGCAGCUGCAGGACUGCAGCGUGUUCAUCAGGAUCAUUAACAGCAUCCACAGCACAGAAGAGGGGCAGCAAGUCUUGCAGCAGCCAGUGCCAGAGAGAUUGGACUUUGUGUGUGGUUUCCUGCACAAAAAUCGAAAACGUCCCUCUUCUGCAGAAUGCCUUGUGUCUGUACAAAAGGUGAUGGAGGGAUCAGAGCUGGAACUGGCCAAGAUAAUCAUGCUGCUCUUGUACCACUCCUCCAUGAGCUCCCAAAACCUCCGGGACUGGGAACAGUUUGAAUAUAGGAUUCAGGCAGAGUUAGCAGUCAUCCUUAAGUUUAUGCUGGACCAUGAGGAUGGGCUGCAUCUUACUGAGGAUCUAGAGGUCUUCUUGAAGAAAGUUGCUGUCCCUUCCACCUGUUCCAGUACCUUCUCUGAAGAUCUGUCCCCACCCAGCCACCAGACCAAGAGGGAGGUUCGCUUCCUAGAGCUACAGAAGGUUGCCUCUUCCAGUGGGAACAAUGCUGCUCUGCAGAGGCAAGGAGAAUAUGUUCCUCCCCCCUCCACGCCCAGCAAAGAAAUUAAGGCAUGGAGAAGGGAGAAGGAGUUUUCUCCAGGUCCUGUCAUGAGGCACGAGAUAGCACUGCAGACAGAACCCAGCUUCCUGUCAGGUUCUCCAGCCUCUCCCAUGGGUGACAUCCUGCAGACUCCACAGUUCCAGAUGAGGCGCCUGAAGAAGCAGCUUGCAGAUGAGAGAAGCAAUAGAGAUGAGCUGGAGCUGGAGCUGGCUGAGCUCCGCAAGCGCCUCACUGAGAAGGAUGCACAGAUAUCCAUGAUGCAACAGCGCAUCGACCGCCUUGCUCUGCUGAACGAGAAGCAGGCAGCCAGCCCUCUGGAGCCCAGGGAGCUUGAGGAGCUGCGAGGCAAGAAUGAGAGCCUCACCUUACGGCUGCAUGAGACUCUGAAGCAGUGCCAGGACCUGAAGACAGAGAAGGGCCAGAUGGACCGCAAGAUUAACCAGCUUUCUGAGGAGAACGGGGACCUGUCUUUUAAGUUGCGGGAGUUUGCCAGUAACCUGCAGCAGCUUCAGGGAGCCCUCAACGAACUGAACGAGGAGCACAGCAAGGCUACUCAGGAGUGGCUGGAGAAGCAGGCCCAUCUGGAGAAAGGGCUCAGCACAGCCAUGCAGGACAAGAAAUGCCUUGAAGAGAAGAAUGAAAUUCUUCAGGGAAAACUUUCUCAGCUGGAAGAACGUUUGGCCCAAGUGCCAGAGACCCCACCCCGGGGUGAGGUGCUGGGUGAUGUCUUGCAGCUGGAAACCCUGAAGCAAGAGGCAGCCACUCUUGCUACAAGUAACACCCAGCUCCAAGCCAGAGUGGAAACAUUAGAGAGUAAGCAGGUUCAGAAGGAAGCCCAGCUGCUGGCUGAGCGGAGCCGCUUUGAAGAAGAAAAGCAGCAGCUGGCCAGUGCGAUCUCUGAGCUGCAGAGCUCCAUCUCCAGCCUGAACCAGGCCAAGGAGGAGCUGGAGCAGGCUUCUCAGGCCCAGGGUGCCAAGCUGAGUGCCCAGGUGGCCUCUCUGACUGCGGAACUCGCCACACUCAAUGGCACGCUCCAGCAGCAGGAUCAGGAGCUAACUGGCCUGAAGCAGCAGGCCCAGAAGGAGCAGGCCCAGCUCGUACAGACCCUACAGAAGCAAGAACAGACCUCCCAAGGCCUUCGCCACCAGCUGGAGCAGCUGAGGGACAGCCUGAAGCAGAAGGAGCAGCAGCUGGAAGAGGCAGCCAGGGAGCUGCAGGACAGCAGGCAGGACCACGCCCAACAACUGGCCACUGCUGCCAAGGCAAGAGAGGCCUCCCUACGGGAGCGGGAUGCAGCUUGCCAGCAGCUGGAAACAUGGAAGGAGAAGGCUGCCAAGCUGGAGGUUCUGCAGCAGCAGCUUCAGGCUGCUAAUGAAGCCCAAGACAGUGCCCAGAACUCAGUGACCCAAGCCCAGAGGGAGAAAGCAGAGCUGAGCCAAAAAGUGGAGGAGCUCCGCGCCAGUGUCGAGGCAGCCCAUCAGGUGCAGCAGGAAGCUCAGGCCCAGGUGGCAGCAUUAGAGGCCCAGCUGAAGGCUGAACAGCAGAAAGCAACUGAGAGAGAAAGUGUAGCCCAGGAGAAGGCCCAGCUCCAGGAGCAGCUCUGGACCCUGGAGCAAUCCUUGAGGAUCACCAAGGGCAGCCUCGAAGAGGAGAAAUGCAGAGUUGCAGCUGCCCUGGAAGAGCAGCAGUGUUGUAUCUCUGAAAUAAAGGCAGAGUUUGAAAGCCUUGCAGAACAGUAUAAGCAGGAACAGAAGGAGCUAGAAGAAGAGAAGGCUAAACGCAGGGGCCUAGGUGUCCAGUUACAGCAGCUUAGGGAAACCCAUCAGGCUGAGGCUAAAGCCCUGAAGCAAGAGCUGGCAAAGGCCAAAACUUCCAAGAACCUUGCUGAAAAGGAGGUUGAUCUGCUUGUCAAGGAGGUUAAAACCUGGCGAAGGCAAUUUGAAGAUGGCCAGCAAGGGGUGAAUCAGAUUGGCCUGCAGGAACAACUGAUGACGCUAAAGGAAGAGUAUGAGAAGACUUGCCAGGAGCUGCAGGACACAAAGGAGAAAAUGGCAGGGAUAGAAGCCCACAGUGAGCUCCAGAUAGGCCAGCAGCAGAGUGAGCUCGCCCAGCUCCACGCAAGCCUCGAUAGAGCUAUUCAGCGGGUCCAGGAGAAAGAGGACAGGGCCCAGAAAUUGGCAGAUGACCUCUCCUCUCUGCAGGAGAAGAUGGCUGCCACCAGCAAGGAAGUGGCCCAUCUAGAGGUCCUGGUGCGCAAAGGCGAGCAGCAGGAGACAGUCUCGCAUGAACUUCCUGAGGAGCCCCUGAGGGCCAGAGACAGAGAGUCUGCAAGGUUGCAAGAGCAUCUGGCACAGCAGUCCUACAGCACACAGGCAGCACUUCGGGCCAUGGAACGGGAGGCAGAGCAAAUGGGCACUGAGUUGGAGAAGCUGCGGGCAGCACUGAUGGAGAGCCAGGGCCAGCAGCAGAAAGAGCGAGGGCAGCAGGAGAGGGAGGUGGCACGACUGACCCAGGAGCGGGGCCAGGCCCAAGCUGACCUUGCCCUAGAGAAGGCAGCUAGAACAGAGCUUGAGACCAGGCUGCAGAACGCCCUCAACGAGCAGCGAGUAGAGGUUUCUACUCUUCGAGAGACACUGUCUCGAGCCCUAACAGAAAAAGAAGACAAAGAGCAGGAGCUGAGCAAGGUCCGUGAGCAGGAGGCAGUCCAAAGAUCAGAGCUGAGGGAGCUUCAGCAGACUGCGGAGCAGCUAAAGGCUCAGCUGGCUAAGCAGGAAAAGGAGCACCAACAGUCAGCGGGGUUGGCUGGGGGACAGAAUACUUCAGAUGUGGGGACCCAGUCUGAGGCUCCUGGAAAGGAGGCGCCAGGCCCGGACCAGGAGCUGCUGCAGGCGGAGUUGAGCAAGCUGGAGCAGCAGUGCCAGCAGUGGCAGGAGGAGGCCGACAUCCUGGCUCGCAGUCUGGAGUCAGAGCGCGCCUCCCGCUUGGAGCAGGACAGGAUUUUAGAGACUCUGCAUCGUCAGUUAGAGGAGCGGGUGCGGGAGCUGGGGCAUAGUCAGGCUGCCUCAGUCUCAGCCCAGAGGGAGUUGGCCACUCUGCGAGCCAAGGCCCAAGACCACAGCAAGGCUGAGGAGGAGUGGAAAGCCCAGGUGGCCCGGGGCCAGCAGGAGGCUGAGAGAAAAAGCAGCCUCAUUAGCAGCUUAGAGGAGGAAGUGUCCAUCCUGAACCGCCAGGUCUUGGAGAAGGAAGGGGAGAGCAAGGAGUUGAAGCGGCUGGUUGUAGCCGAGUCAGAGAAGAGCCAGAAGCUGGAGGAGAGGCUACGUCUGCUCCAGACUGAGACGGCCAGCAACAGCGCCAGAGCUGCGGAACGCAGCUCCGCUCUGCGUGAGGAGGUGCAGAGCCUUCGGGAGGAAGUAGAGAAACAACGCUCGGCUUCAGAGAGCCUGCGGCAGGAGCUGGCCUCGCAGGCAGAACGAGCUGAGGAGCUGGGCCAAGAAUUGAAGGCGUGGCAGGAGAAGUUCUUCCAGAAGGAACAGGCCCUCUCUGCGCUGCAGCUGGAGCACACCAGCACACAGGCCCUGGUCAGUGAGCUGCUGCCUGCCAAGCACCUCUGCCAGCAACUGCAGGCUGAGCAGGCAGCUGCCGACAAGCGCCACAGAGAGGAGCUGGAGCAGAGCAAGCAGGCAGCUGGUGGGCUACGGGCAGAGCUGAUGCGCGCCCAGCGGGAGCUUGCAGAGCUGCUGCCCCUGCGGCAGAAGGUGGCAGAGCAGGAACGAGCAGCCCAGCAGCUGCGGGCAGAGAAGGCCAGCUAUGCAGAGCAGCUGAGCAUGCUGAAGAAGGCUCAUGGCCUGCUGGCAGAGGAGAACCGGGGGCUCGGAGAGCGUGCUAGCCUCGGCCGGCAGUUUCUGGAGGUGGAGCUGGACCAGGCCCGGGAGAAGUACAUCCAAGAGCUGGCAGCUGUGCGUGCUGAUGCUGAGACCCGUCUGGCUGAGAUGCAGCAGGAAACACAGAGCACCACCCGGGAGCUGGAGGUGAUGACUGCCAAGUAUGAGGGUGCCAAGGUGAAGGUCUUGGAGGAAAGGCAGCGCUUCCAGGAAGAGAGGCAGAAGCUCACUGCCCAGGUGGAACAGCUAGAGGUAUUUCAGAGAGAACAGACUAAGCAGGUGGAAGAGCUGAGUAAGAAGCUGGCUGACUGUGACCAAGCCAGCAAGGUGCAGCAGCAAAAGCUCAAGGCUUUCCAGGCUCAGGGGGGUGAGAGCCAGCAGGAAGUGCAGCGCCUCCAGGCCCAGCUGAGUGAGCUGCAGGCACAGUUGAGCCAGAAGGAGCAGGCAGCUGAGCACUACAAGCUACAGAUGGAGAAAGCAAAGACCCAUUAUGAUGCCAAAAAGCAGCAGAACCAAGAAUUACAGGAGCAGCUGCGGGGCCUCGAGCAGCUGCAAAAGGAGAACCAGGAGCUUCGGGCUGAAUCGGAACGGCUGGGCCGGGAGCUGCAGCAGGCUGGGCUGAAGAGCAAGGAGGCCGAGCAGACCUGCCGCCACCUCACUGCCCAGGUUCGCAGCCUGGAGGCACAGGUUGCCCAUGCAGACCAGCAGCUUCGAGAGCUGGGAAAAUUCCAGGUGGCCUCUGACGCAUUAAAGAGCCGUGAGCUCCCGGCUAAACCCCAGCUGGACUUGAGUACUGACAGCCUUGAUCUGAGCUGUGAGGAAGGGACCCCACUCAGUGUCACCAGCAAGCCGCCUCGGACCCAGCCAGAUGGUACCAGUGUUCCUGGAGAGCCAGCCUCACCCAUCUCCCAGCGCCUGCCUCCCAAGGUAGAAUCCUUGGAGAGUCUCUAUUUCACCCCCAUUCCUGCUCGGGGCCAGGCCCCCCUGGAGAGCAGCUUGGACUCCCUGGGGGAAGCCUUCCUGGAUUCGGGCCGUAAGACGCGCUCCGCUCGCAGGCGUACCACACAAAUCAUCAACAUCACCAUGACCAAGAAGCUCGACAUGGAGGAGCCAGAUAGCGCCAAUUCAUCUUUCUAUAGCACGCAGUCUGCCCCUGCUUCCCAGGCCAGCCUGCGAGCCACCUCUUCUACCCAGUCUCUAGCCCGCCUGGGCUCUCCUGAGGAUGGAAACUCAGCUCUGCUCAGCCUGCCCGGCUACCGGCCCACUACUCGCAGCUCUACCCGCCGCUCCCAAGCUGGGGUGUCCAGUGGGGCUCCACCAGGAAGGAACAGCUUCUACAUGGGCACGUGCCAGGACGAGCCCGAGCAGCUGGACGACUGGAACCGGAUUGCGGAACUGCAGCAGCGCAACCGAGUGUGCCCCCCGCACUUGAAGACCUGCUAUCCCCUGGAGUCCAGGCCCUCCCUCGGCCUGGCCACCAUCACAGAUGAGGAGAUGAAAACCGGAGAUCCUCGAGAGACCCUGCGCCGAGCAAGCAUGCAGCCAGCCCAGAUUGCAGAAGGUGUUGGAAUCACCACUCGGCAGCAGCGUAAGCGGGUGUCCUCAGAGACUCACCAGGGUCCUGGCACCCCUGAGUCUAAGAAGGCCACCAGCUGUUUCCCACGCCCCAUAACACCCCGGGACCGACACGAAGGGCGCAAACAGAGCACUACUGAGACCCAGAAGAAGGCAGCUCCAGCCGUUCUCAAGCAGGCCGAUCGGCGCCAGUCCAUGGCUUUCAGCAUCCUCAACACGCCCAAGAAGCUGGGGAACAGUUUGCUUCGGCGAGGAGCUGCCAAGAAGGCCCCAGCCAAGGCCUCCCCCAGCACGCGCAGUGGAACUCGCCGCUCUCCGCGCAUCAGCACCUCCACAGCCAGUGCUACCACUGCCACUCCUCGGGCCAAGGGCAAGGCAAAGCACUGAAGGGCCAGUACCAGCGAGUGGCUCCGCCUGUGUUCCAUGCUGAUGUCGCCUGGUCCCUUUCCUUCUGUCCCUCUCAGUGCCUUCUCAGCUCUCAGGCCCAAUGGUGGCCAAACCCCUAGAGACAGUGAUGCCUACCCACCCCCUGGCCUGGUACCUGGACCUUCACUGGUGCCUUCUCUGGCACGUUCUCAGAGCUGGCCCAGGAGGUUGGAGCUUGGACAGUACGGGACCGUCUUUCUACCUUGCCUCCUGAUCUGAUCUCAGAGCUAAGUCACUUCUCCAUCAUAACCAGAUUUGAGGCUGGCUGUGAGUGGCUGGAUCCUUGGGCCCAGCCAGUCUUCCUCUCAGUCUCUGGAUCUAGAAGGGACCACUGGAGGAGCAGGCUCUGGUUCUUGCAGCCGGUGGCUUGGCUUAGCAGAGGCCCUUGCUCUUGAAGCCCAGGACUGGGCCUGACCUGGUGUGAGCCCGCCCCACCUCCCUUCCACCCAAAGGCACAGCUGCCUAGAGGAUGGCAGGGCAGACAGUCCUGGAUCCCAGGGCAGGGGGCAAUGGGCAGCCUUCAGGAGCAGCUCAUACCCCACCUUCCCCAGACCUGCCCUGGGGAUUUGGAGUAAUGGGAAGGUUUUUAAGGGCGAGGGAUGGAUCUUUUCUAAAAUGUUAUUACUUGUAAAUAAAGUCUAUUUUUCUCCCUGGA